AUGAACUUAGUGAAGAAGAGGCAAUUUAGAGGUAGAAUCGUGUCGCCGUACGACGUGUUCAUAAACCACCGGGGCACGGACACGAAGCACACCGUGGCAACGCUGCUAUACGACCACCUUUACCGGCUUCGAAUCCGCCCGUUUCUCGACAACAAGAGCAUGAAAGCGGGGGACAAGUUAUUCGACAAGAUUGACAAGGCCAUAGGCGGGUGCAAGGUCGGCGUGGCCGUCUUCUCGCCGCGCUACUGCGACUCCUACUUUUGUUUGCACGAGCUUGCGCUCAUGAUGGACCUUAAAAGGAAGGUCAUCCCCAUCUUCUGCGACGUCAAGCCCUCGCAGCUCUGCCUCGUUGAUGAGGGCACCAUGUCACGCAAUGAGGUGGCGAGGUUCCGCUCGGCCUUGGAGGAGGCCAAGCACACCGUCGGCCUCGACUUCGAUUCUCUUAAAUGUAACUGGUCGGACGUGGUAAAAAAUGCAGCAAACAUUGUGAUAGAGAGCCUCGCAGAAAUUGAAUACGAUGAGCUCCUCCUUCGCAAUAACAAUCUCUCUAUUUGCAAAACCCCAGCUUUUGCUACUCCAAAAUUUGCAUAA